AUGUCUCUUUCUCAAUUUUUGAUCAAGGCAGAUGUGUACUUCAACGGAGCUUCACCUCCCAUAGAGUUCCGACUUCCGGAUGGCACGACAUCUCUCGCCGGCCUGAUGUCCAAGUUGAAUGAAUUGUUGGCCGAUACCAAAAACAGAAAGGUGGGGAAGAUUGAGUUUCGUGAAGAUUGGAUUGACACUGACGGGAGGAUGAAAUACAACCUUAUUGAGUUGAAGACAUGUGAAAAUGUGAAGGAUAUUUGGAGAUCAUUUCCCCGUAGGAUAACAAAUGGAUCGAUAGAGUUAGAUGCUAAGAUUUCAAGGUCUAUCGAUGACAUAAUGAAGAGGAUGAGACGUCUAGAAUCAUCUGGUAGUGCCUGGAUUUUCUUAUUUAUCACAAUUUUUUAA